UAGCAAUAGUAUGUUUCAUAUGAAAAAAUUAUAGUAUCAUAUCCAAAUAAUUUUUCUUGUAUACAGGCAUUAUGAAGCAGCCGUAAAAUACACGUGGGCAAAAAUGCAACCAUUACUGGAAGAUUGGCGACGUCAAAAUCGACCCCGUCGUUCACCGACUCCCAAUGACUUGCUUCAUUACGUAACUCUGCUGCAUAUGCCUCAAUGGGAACAUCUGCUUCGCUAUCCACAAGGCCCAUUAACUGUUACAGCCCUUCAAGUACCUGGUGGUGGUAGUGUUAUAGUAUUUUGUAACCUAAAUUUUGUCGCAUCAGUAAUAACUACGACUUUAUUUAUGGACGCUACUUUUAAAAUGACACCAAAGAAGGCGAAAGCCUAUCAAUUUUUUACAAUUUUGGCGUUAACAAAUAGCAAGGCCUUGCCGAUUUGCUGGAUGCUAAAGACUAAGAAAUCAACAAACGCAUAUAAAACAGGAUUGUCUUAUUUUAAGGAUCAUGUAGCACCACACAUUCAACCUCAACUAGUAAUGACAGAUUUCGAAGUGUCACUGCAUAUUGCAAUUAGAGAGCAGUUUCCGACAGCCGUUCAUACUGGAUGCUUUUUUCAUUUUUGUCAGGCACUGGUCAAAAGAUUAAAGAAGCUUGGACUAUUACGGUUAGUAGCCACAUGGAAAUAUGGUCAAAUCAUAAUUCGAAAAAUGAUGGCACUAGCUUUGUUGCCUCCAGAAAAUGCACUAUUAGGAUAUGAUUGGUUGAUAACUAAUAUUCCUGAAAAUAUUUAUAUUUUAUUUCAAGAAUUUAUUCUGUACUUCUACAACCAAUGGAUUAUUAGAGCUCCACCAACGUUAUGGAGCGUACACAGUCAUGAGCAAAGAACAAAUAAUUUUUCGGAAAGUUAUCACAAAAAAGCAAACAUUCGUUUUGGUGCUCACCCGAUGAUAUGGGAAUUUACUGAAAUCCUUACUCGUUUGCAAGCAAUAACUCAAAUCGAAUAUGAAUCUUUAGAAAAUGGUGAGGACAUUACAAGAGCGACUCGAUCUGAUAAUGUGGAACAAGAUAUGAAAAUUAAGAAAGCUUGGCAAUUGUACAAUACCAAUAUAUUGGAAAUUCCACAUUUUCUAGCCUGCACCAGUAAUAUCUUGAAAGCUUUUCAUGGGCAUAUUAUUGAUAAUGCUGAAAAUGAUGAAUUGGAUCAGAAUAAUGGAGCAGGUGUCGACGCUAACCAUAUUAACAACGAUUAUGACAAUCUCUUAAUAUUUUUAGAGAUGGAUAUUAUGGAAUUACAGUAACAAACUGACUAUGAUAUGCAAUUAUAAAAGAUGAAUGAAUUUUUGUC